AUGGUAAAGCGCCUGGCCCUCCUUGAAACUCACAUCAUCCUUGACCCAAGGGAACUUGUUGCGAUAAAGCGCAUUUGUGAACUUGUUGAGAUUACACGUUGCAUUGUCAUGGUUCGAGUCCAGUUGAAUAAAUCUGGAUAUGUCUGUCGGGUCCCACUUUAUCUUACCAAGGGACUCGCUCAAGUCCAGAUCAAAUUAGCUAGAAUUCUCACAAAUGGCUUAUCAUCUGACCAACUGGACCUGCUGAAUGAGGUGCAUGAUGUAUUGGCUGAGUUGACAUCAGAUAUUUCUCAGAUUUCGCCCGAUACCUGUUCGGGCCUCGGAAGAAAUGCUACUGCUUCUAAUCUGAACAGCCAAUUUACAUCUAAAAUGUCGAGUAUAGUUUACAGACCUGACAGUGCACUUGUCCUUGCGAAAAUGGCGAUUAUCAACAUGGAAUGUAAGUUUGUCUCCGUUGAGAGUGAGGUUUUUUCCACAGCAACUUGA